CUAGUGACCUCCCAUUGCUCCAAGAUCCAGCACCAAAACGAGAUCGAGCAAGCAAGGGAGAUUCAAAGGAACGGAAUGUGCGCGGCACAGACCUGCUGCUUCUUAGCCUUCGGCGGCGCCGUGGCGGCGGCGGCGGCGGCCACCGGGGCGCCCUUCCUCUUCCCCGCGGCGGUGGCGGCGCCGUCAGCCUGCGUGUUCAGAGCACGCACAUUUCACCCCCCACACAAAACAUCACAUCAACACACGAGGCGCGAGACGGCGCGGGGUCUAAUCUUGCGAAGCAGCAGCAACUGAUUGUGCAUAGAUAUAGCUUGUGUGUUAAUUGCAGCUCGCUAAUUUCUUCCCUAGUUUCUUCGUUCUCUCCCAUCAAUUAGUUGCGUAAUGUGAUUUCUUUCUUCUUCGUUCUGACUUCUGAGGAGCACGCUUGGUAGUUUAUCAAUGAAAACAGUAGAUUCCUCUGUCAGUUUUCUCAAUGCAUUUGUUUGGGAAGAUUAACAAUUUUUUGCUGAUUAUGGCAUGGAAGAGAUUAGCUCUGCAGUUCUGCCUGGUGCUGAGGUCGCACGUCUGCGGGAUUAGAUAUGGCCUUCGUUCCCGAUGUGGCCCGGGUUCGCGAAGGUGGCCGCUCGCCGGCUACGUCGAGGUGGAAGACGCUGGAAAUUUCUUCUCCGAGUUGCCCAACGAUUCUGCGGUGUGGAGGGCGGCCGCGACGUCUGCGGCUGGCCCCGCCUCGUGCGUCUCGGCUCGCCCGUUUCGAUCGGCUGCUGCUUUGCGAGAUUACAAGACGACUGGUUCCUGACAUCCACACCGGAAUCUGAGCUCGAGCCCCUCUAGAGCGCAGCCCACGCCGGCGCCGGUGACGAGCGUGACGAGGUGGAGAAGACGACGGAAAAGCUGGCGUUGGGGACGGACGGACGGAUCGGCGACGGAGUGGCACGGAAUAAAGGAAUUCGCUAUCGCAGUGACAAAAUCUGAAAGGAAUGUGUAUUGAGUGGCUUGCCCUGAAAGGCCUGCGAAUUGGAUGUCAAAUAAUGAAAUUUCUCCAAUUAUGUCCAUCCACAUGAUGCCCGUUUCUGAUGAUGACAGAAAUCCCCCACGCAGCCACAGCACGGCUAUUCCCCCUAACCCCCGCCGCCGCCCAGAUGCGAAUUCUCCGCCGCUUUCCGCGUCUGCUCCGACGCUCUAACGCCGCCGCCCGAUCUCCUGCCCCGAUGCACCGCCUCAUCUCUUCUCCCUCUCUCAUGGCAUCUGCAGCGGCUAGCUGGUGCUGGUGGUCACCAUUGCUUGCUCGAGGAGGACCUGUCGUCCGUCGUGUUUCCCGAUUUCCUUGGGAACCUCGGAACAUGACCACCAUCAGUCGAGUAAAAGGCGACGAGUCAUACAGGCGACUUCCAUCCCAGGAAAAGAAGCAUACUGCGAUCACUCAAGGUAUGAAAACCAUUGACACCAGGGGCACAAUCUUGGAGGCUAGAGCUGGAGAUGAGAAAAGUAAUAGAGAUGCGGCGUCCUCAGAGGUUUCAUACAUCAAAUACGAUGUACUGGGGCAAAGUGCGAAGCAGGAUGGCUGUGAUGAGGAUGAUCGAAGGAGUGAAACGGAGGAACAUGUUGAGGAGGACGAAGUUCUUGAUCCUGAAGAAUAUACUGUGAACAACAUACUUCCAAAAAGUAGACACCGUGAUGGCUCUAUAUAUAGGGACAUCAUGGACACACCGUGGAAAAGGGAGUUUCAUAUUGCAGACCGUAAUGAGACUCGGUUGGAGGCAAUGAGGUUUUCGAAUCCCACAAAUUGUGUCAUUCGCAGUAAUGGAACUUGCAUGUCACAUGUUCAUUGCAACAUGCUGCAAAUUUUAUCAUUGGAGUUGGCUAAAAUUACACUGGAUGGUGGUUCAGUAGAGUUGUAUGGAUACAUAGCUGUGCGGGAUGAUCUAGAUCCGUUGCUUAAUUAUAUUGUCAACUGUAGCAGGGAUGAUCCCAUCAUUGUGGAGCAGGGUUCGCUCAUCAACAUGGAAGGCCCUAACCGAGGAAUAGACAUGAUGGACUAUGCUCUAAUUGAAUAUGACAUGAGGAUCAAGACAGGUGAACAAGAAAAAGAUGACCUACAGCUGAUUGAUGGUGCAUCAAUGAUAGGCUCUGGAGGCCUAUGGAAUCGGCCAGAAACAAUUUGCAUUCCUGGCGAUUACGGUGCAGUUGACAUAACUUUAUCACGUUUUAAUUGUUCAGCUGAGGCCACCGUAGAGAUUCUUAUAUCAGAAGUGCAAAGCAGUUUCAAUUUGUUGCUCGGUUGUUUAACCAGUGACUUGGAUAAGGAAAUCCGUCUCUUUGAUGGUGUCAUCAGUGAGUCACGUGAUUUAAAGAGGUCGGUGGUUGCUGUAACGAGGGAUUCUUUCAUAGAUUUGAAGUUCGAAGUGGGCGCGUUUCCAUCCAGUUUCGACCAGCAUUAUGUUUCCUUCAAGGAGAAAAUCCAUGGCUAUGAUACUCAAGAAAUAAAGACUGAUUUUGCGUUAAUCUCAGUAAAGGUGACUUGGUCAGCUUUGCUUUCUGGACGAGUGAUACCUCUGUUUCUGUAACAGAGUGGGCCAUGCAACAUCACAUUUACACACCCAUGAAUAUGGCCCUAACACACGCUCAAAGAGAUAAAAAUCAACGGCACAUCUUUGAUCUCACUAGAUCUAUAAUGUUAACUUUAUUAUACUUAUUAUUUAGAAUGUAUAUUUCGCAUAUGAAAUUAUGUAUCCAAGUUUAUUACAGCAAAUGCUUGAAUAACGGCAUUGCACUUACCUAACCUAUUUUCAGACUUAUGAGGGAGAAUCUAGCGUUCAAAUUUGUGUCUUGUGGACUUUGAAUAGUCAAAAUCGAUCUUCUUUUA